ACUAUUAUCCUAGAAAAUAGGUAUCCUAUCUAUCGCCAUCGAGACACUAGGCAAAUAGUUACUUAUAAGGUUAAUAGCUACAAGGUUAUGCUUUAUAACCCUUAUCUCUCUUACAAGUACACUGCCUACAUUAAUAUAGAGAUUUGUACGUCUAUGAAGUCCAUUAAGUAUAUAUAUAAGUAUAUUUAUAAGAGGACUAAUUAG